CUGCGUUGGCUCGAUUUACUCUUCUUAUUUUGCUCGAUAUAUUCUUCUUGAUUUAGUUUUCGAUUUCCUUUUCUUAAUCCUCUUUGCUUAGGUUACCGCUUUCUUUGGGGUUCGGUCUCUUUUGGCCAGAGGGUGGGGCUUCCAAGCCCCCAACCUCGAACACCCACCCCACUUUCAGCAGCGAGCUUAACAAUCCCGCCUUGUGUGUUAUCGCUUAUCGGUCUGGGUCUCCGCCAAAAAUUUAGAGAGCCAGAGAGAGCAGAGGACGGGAAGCCAUCGACAGCACGAGGACCCAGCCAGCACACCAAGGGGUCGCAUCGCUUGCGACAAAACAGCCCGUAUCAUGGCGAUCCAAAAGAAGCACGGCAAGGGCCGUCUCGACAAGUGGUACAAGCUCGCCAAAGAGAAGGGAUAUCGUGCGCGUGCCGCCUUCAAGCUGAUCCAGCUCAACAAGAAAUAUGGCUUCCUCGAGAAGAGCAAGGUCGUGCUCGAUCUUUGCGCGGCGCCAGGGUCAUGGUGUCAAGUGUGCGCCGAGACGAUGCCCAAGGACAGCAUCAUUGUUGGUGUCGAUCUCGCCCCGAUCAAGCCGAUUCCCAAGGUCAUCACCUUCCAGAGCGAUAUCACCACCGAGAAGUGCCGCGCGACCAUCCGGACACACCUGAAGACUUGGAAGGCCGACUGUGUGCUCCACGAUGGUGCGCCCAACGUCGGUACCGCCUGGGUGCAGGAUUCGUACAAUCAGGCCGAGCUCGCCCUCCAUUCGCUGAAGCUGGCGACCGAGUUCUUGGUGGAAGGAGGAGCCUUUGUGACCAAGGUCUUCAGGUCCAAGGACUACAACUCCCUGUUGUGGGUUCUUAACCAACUCUUCACCAAAGUCAACGCGACAAAGCCGCCCUCCUCUCGUAACGUAUCGGCGGAAAUCUUCGUCGUAUGUCUUGGUUUUAAGGCGCCGAAACGCAUUGACCCGCGCCUCCUCGAUCCUCGUUCCGUCUUCGAAGACCUCGCGGACCCGGCGCCGAACAAUGAGGCCAAGGUGUACAACCCGGAGAUAAAGAAGCGGAAGAGAGAGGGUUACGAAGAGGGAGACUACACGCAAUACAAAGAAAUUGCUGCCAGCGAGUUUAUCCAGACGAUCGAUCCGAUUGCCAUCCUUGGGCAGUACAACCGGCUUACAUUCGAUCAACCGAAAAACGGCGAUGUGGCAUUGGCUGCCCUAGACAAACUGCCCGAGACAACAGAAGAAAUCCGGCUGUGCUGCGCUGAUCUGAAGGUCCUCGGAAGGAAAGAGUUCAAACUCCUCCUGAAAUGGCGUUUAAGGGUCCGGGAAAUCUUUGGGUUCCCUACCAAGAAGUCCGCUAAGGCUUCGCUUUCGGAGGAAGUGGCCGAAGUGGAGGAUAUGGACGAGGAGCUCAAGAUCCAGGAGGACCUGCAAAAGAUCAAGGACAAGGAGUCGUCCAAGAAGAAGAAGGAGCGGCGGAAGGAGAACGAGAAGAAGCAAAAGGACAUCGUGCGCAUGCAGAUGAACAUGACGGCGCCCAUGGAUAUCGGUAUGGAGCAGGAGGGUCCCAGAGGCGGGGAUUCCAUGUUCCGCCUCAAGGCGAUCGACCAGACCGAGGCCCUGCGGAGGAUAGCCAAGGGCAAGAUGACCAAGAUCACUGCGGCCGAAGAAGCAAAGAAAGACCGUGAUUCCGGCAUCGGCUCCUCGGGCGAGACGGACGACGAAACCGAUGAGGAAGAGGAUAGGCUGGAGCGGGAGCUGGACAACAUGUACGACAACUACCGGGAGAAAAAGGCGGCGUCCGACGCCAGGUACCGAGCGAAGAAGGCCAGGAAAGAGCACGGUGACGACGAGUGGGAGGGCGUUUCGGCGAGCGAGAAGGAGGAGAGCGAUGAUGACGACGAGUUGCUCGAGGAAGACAGCAGCGACGGCUCGGACUCUGAGGAGCGCGGUGACACCAGCAAGCCGCUUCUGCGAGAUCUCGACAACACACCCCAGGACGAGGCCGGGUUGUCAAAGCGGGCGCGCGGUUUCUUCAGCCAGGAUAUUUUCCAGAGUAUCCCCGGGAUAUUGGACAUCCCAGAAGAGGAGGAAAGCGAAGAAGAGAGCGAGGACGAUGCGAUGGAUGUCGAUCAGGUAGUGACAUCCGACAUCGAAGAGUCCGAGGACGAACUACCGAGUAUUGAAGAGCAAAGGAAGAUGCGCAAGGAUAAGUCCGCGCGCAAGGAGAAGGAGAAGGGCUUUGAGGUGGUUAAACAGAAAGAAGAUGAUGAGGAGGACGACUGGGAGGAGGCAGAGAAGAAGACCAAGGAUGGCAGGCCCAACAUCGAUAUCAUCACAGCCGAGGCCAUGACGCUAGCCCACCAGCUGGCGCGCGGCGAAAAGUCGACCUACGACAUCAUCGACGAAGGGUACAACAAGCAUGCCUUCAAGGACCGGGAUGGACUGCCCGACUGGUUCCUCGACGACGAGGGCCAGCACGACAAGCCGCACAAGCCCAUCAGCAAGGAGGCGGCGGCGGCCAUCAAGGAGAAGCUGCGGGCGUACAACGCCAGGCCGAUCAAGAAGGUCGCCGAGGCGCGGGCGCGGAAGAAGUUUAAGCAGGCCCAGAAGCUCGAGAAGCUCAAGAAGAAGGCUGAUUUGCUGGCCGGCGAUGAGGGAAUGUCUGAGAAGGAGAAGGCUUCCAGCAUCGCCAAGCUGAUGUCUGCGGCCGGGCGGAAGAAGAGGAAGGCGCCUGUCAGGGUGGUCAAGGCCGCGGGCAUGAACCGUGGUCUGUCUGGCAGACCCAAGGGUGUCAAGGGCAGGUACAAGAUGGUGGAUCCGCGCAUGAAGAAGGAGAUGCGCGCGCUGAAGAGGGUUGCGAAGAGGAAGUAGAUGGGUUGUGGGUGGUUGGGGUGGUUGGGAUGUUUAUAGUAUAAGGGCUGUAUCAUCGGGCUCGCAAUGCCUUGGUGUUGGAAUAUCAACUGUCCAAGCGCCGCAUCGCCGUGGUUCUGCGUGCUACUUUCUUUGAUUUGACACUGACCUGACGAAUGUGCUCAGUGGGUAGAGGGGCCCGGUAAAGUCCAUGUCGUACCUG